UCUGAUCUGGGCAGACUUUCAAGGAAGAUGCAGCCACUCCUGCUCUUGUUGGCCUUUCUUCUGCCCCCCGAGCCUGCGACUGGAAUCAUCAUGGGAGGACAUGAGGCGAAGCCCCAUUCCCACCCCUACAUGGCAUGGAUUCAGAUUAUGGAUGAGGAGAUGCCCAGUAGAUGUGGUGGUGUCCUCGUGCAAGAGGACUUUGUUCUGACGGCUGCUCACUGCUGGGGAAGCUCAGUCAAGGUGACUCUGGGGGCCCACAACAUUAAGAAGCAGGAGAGGACCCAGCAGGUCAUCUCUGUGAUAGAAACCAUCCCCCACCCACACUAUAAUCCUAAGAAGUUCUCCAAUGAUAUUAUGUUACUAAAGCUGGAGAGAAAGGCCAUGCAGACUGCAGCUGUGAGGCCCCUCAGCCUGCCCAGGGGCCAGGCCCACGUGAGGCCCGGAGAGGUAUGCCAUCUAGCCGGCUGGGGGCAAGUCAACCCAAGAGGCAGAUUGUCCGACACUCUGCAGGAGGUGGAGCUGACUGUGCAGCAGGAUCAGGUGUGCAAAUCCCAGUUAGACAAUUAUUACAACAGUACCACUCAGCUGUGCGUGGGGGACCCGAAGGAAAAGAAGUCUUCCUUUAAGGGGGACUCUGGGGGCCCUAUCGUGUGUAAGAACGUGAUCCAGGGCAUUGUCUCCUAUGGACGAAUCAGCAGGACAUCUCCACGGGCCUUCACCAAAGUCUCAAGUUUUUUACCCUGGUUAAACAAAAUGAUGAAAAGCCUCUAA